AAGUCCAGAGAAGAUAUAUUCAAGACUUUAGCAGCUGCCAUGGAGUCUUCUAACUUUGAUUUAUCAACGGACGAAAGGAAAAACUUACUUGAACUAUGGCGGAAGAGGAACGAGGCAUGUCUGAAACUUUUGGUUGCUUUGGGAACGUGUACUAUCAUAGCUUGGUAUAUAUACCCCCUACUGGAUGAUUUGGAUUACAAUCUAAUGGUUCCAAUGCGUAUUCCGUACGACUACAAAACGGAAGCAUUGUACCCGGCCACAUAUGUCGGAGUUAUCAUCGUAUUCUCUUAUAUAUCGUACUUCGUGAUGGUCAAUGACCUCAUAAUUCAGGCGCAUAUUAUGCAUUUGCUCUGCCAAUUUGCUGUUCUGAAUGAUUCCUGCGUUCAUAUACUAAGAGACUGCAAGGCCAAUUUUAAACAUGAAAAUGAAGACAAAUUAUAUGCGAACAGACAGUUUCAAGAAACGUAUAUAAACCGGUUGGGUGAUUUGGUCAAUCAACACAUAUUUAUACUAAAAAACACCUUGCAGCUAAGAGAGAUAUUGAGUGCUCCGAUGUUAGCCCAGCUGGCUGUCAGUACAACGCUUAUUUGCUCCAUUGGUUAUCAAGUAGCCAUGUUGGUUGGGAACAACGUAACUAAGUGGCUUAUGAGUUUCCUGUUCUUGGGAUAUAAUAUGUUUGUGUUAUUCAUAAUGUGUCGUUGGUGCGAAGAGCUUACAAUUCAGAGUGAGAAAAUUGGUGAAGCUAUAUAUUUUUCUGGAUGGGAACGAGGCAUCGCUACAGUGCCAGGUGUUCGAAUAAGGAUUUUAUUGAUAAUGGCCAGGGCUCAGAAACCAUUGGUACUAAGUGCCGGAAGAAUGUAUGACUUAUCACUAGCGGCCUAUGCCAACAUUGUAAAAACAUCGUACAGCGCACUCACAAUGCUUCUUCGUCUCCGUUGAAAUUCAAGAUUUUCGCAAAUAUAUUUUCUUGUACUGUA